AUGAUGGUCACACUGGUCCUGGUGCUGUCCAUAGCAGCAGCUAUUAGAGCUGCUGAGGAGGUCUGCUACGACAGGCUGGGAUGUUUCACAAACGGCCCCCCCUAUUCCAACACACUGGAAAGACCGAUCAGUCGCUUACCAUGGGCACCAGAAGUGAUAGACACGCAAUUCCUGCUCUUCACUAGAAGAAACCCUGACCAGUACCAAGUGAUCAGAGCUCUCAACGUCUCCUCAGUCUUUGGCACCAACUUUAAGCCCAGUCUGAAAUCUUUAUUCAUCAUCCAUGGCUUUGUAGAGACGGGGGACAAGCAGUGGCUGGUCGAGAUGUGUCAGACUCUUCUGGAGGUGUCCGAUGUGAAUUGUUUCUGUGUAGACUGGCGCGGAGGAUCAUUUGCCCUCUACACACAAUCUGCCAACAAUGUCCGUGUGGUUGGAGCAGAAAUUGCCUAUUUCUUGAACUUUCUUCAGGCAAUGUAUGACUACCACAUGUCUGAUGUCCACCUGAUCGGGCACAGCCUGGGGGCACACGUUGUUGGUGAAGCUGGACAGAGACAGGAGGGAAUUGGAAGAGGUUCUGGAUUGGAUCCAGCUGGUCCCUACUUUGAAAACACCCCACCCAGUGUGAGACUGGACCCUACAGAUGCGCUCUUUGUUGAUGUCAUUCACACAGAUGGGUCAUCUACGGCUCUCCUUGGUUUUGUUGGUUUUGGCAUGAAGCAGAUGGUUGGUAAUGUUGACUUCUUCCCCAAUGGUGGUAAACGGAUGCCCGGCUGUGACCAAAUAUUUCCCAUAGAUGGCAUUCUUGAUGAUAUCAUUGCAGGACUACAGGAGAAGCUCUUGUGUAGCCACCAAAUGAGUGUCAAGUUCUUUACAGCGAGCAUUUUGAGACCUGAUGGCUUCAUUGGUUACCCUGCUUCAUCAUACAGUGCUUUUAAAGAGGGAUCUGGGUUCCCAUGCACCAAUGCAAGUUGCGCCUGCAUGGGGUACAAGGCGGAUGAAUAUGAUCAUGGUGACGACUCUACAAUCAGCCAGACAUUUUUCCUGAACACUGGAGACCCUUCAAACUUCCCGCGCUGGAGAUACCAGGUGACGGUCCGUGUAGCUGUGGAGACUGUAGAUGUGGUGGGAACAUUUGGAGUAUCUCUAUGUAGGAAGGAGAUCUGUACCAGUCAUCUUACUGUUUACAGUGGAGUCAUCCUGUCUUCAAGGUCAUACACAACAUUUGUUGAUGCGGACGCUGAUGUUGAUCCGGUGCAGAGGGUAGUGUUCUCCUGGAAGAAAGUAGCCCCUCUAUUCCUGGAGCCAUCACUGGGUGCCUCAGAUGUGACUUUGUAUUACGGACCAAGUGGACAAAUGUAUGUAUGCCAGCUCUGCACACCUCACAUUCUGAGUCAACGAUUCCACUUCUGUAGCAAGGACCAGGUGAAGCAAGGCAUAAAUCAGACGCUGCAACUCUGCCCUUCACCUUCCACCUAG